GGACUUACGACUUUCCACAACCAGGCUUUGAGCACAGGGAGCGAUGGGCAGCUGGCAGCCCUGCCGGGAGCUGGAUUUGCUCAAGGAUUCUGCGGUGCCAGCAAAGUUAAAGGAUCCCCAGAGAGAGGAUUGUCUCCCCGCUGCAUGGUUUGAACCAGUUUGCCCUUGCAAACAUGGGUGGGGUUAGAUUAUUUCUUGGGACUUUCUGCUGUGGCAGUGAGUAGGUUUUCAGCCUCGUCUGUUCAGCUCAGAAAGGGGCACUUCCCCUCCAGCAGGCUUUUUUUUUUUUUUCCCCUGAACUGACUGAGCAAAAUAAACUAUGCCUUGGGGAAGGGUGUGCAUAGGUGCCUAAAUGUUCAUCCCUGUGGAGCUAUGGGUCUCCAACAUGUACAAUUAGCAAUCAACUGUAAAAUUUACCCACUGUUAGAGGCUGAUUCAGGCACAAGGCUUAAAGCUGCAGUCUAGCUCCACUUUUUUCCACCUCUGAAACCAAAUAAAGACCGUGCAACUGUAUUUUCCAGAGCUAAUCUUAUUUAUUUUUCCUAUGAUUAUUUAUUUGCAAAGGGCUCCUUUUGUUAUUUGGCUUUGGGACUGCUGGGAAGGAUGCAUGGAGAGUACUGCAGCUUUAAGAUGCUGGCUUCAGGAAAAAGAAAGCCUGGGAUAGUUUUCAAGCUGCAUUUCAGAUGGUCACUGCAACCCAAGGUCUUUGUGCUGAGCACACAGGGCUGUGUAAAUCUAACACCCUCGGAAAGUGAUAAAGAUGACUCGAUUCCUAAUUCCCUUACUCGGGGAAGGUUAAAUGUAAAAGCUGGUGGGGUUUUGUUUCCUCCGCUGUCUCUCGUUUCCAGGCUCUGUGGAAAGCUGCCGGUAACUCCUAGUUGCUGCUGCCCCCUGCUGCUGACAGCUCCUGACAACGACCGAGAGAGAAUGUACGGAUGAGUUUGCAAAUAAAAGCUGAAACGUCUCCGAUGUGCGUUUGUGUAGUGCUGUCUCUGGCACGGGUGCAGCGCGGAGCACUGGGAAGAAGUGGUUUCUUUGCUGCUGUUGGUGAAUCCCAUCAGCACCGAGCUGACACCCGAAUUGUAAGGAUUGUGUUUGGAGCUUAAAGCUUGGGAUGAGUCAAUGCUCAUAGCGUGGCUGGGCAGGUGAGGUGCUCUCUGUAUUGAGGUUGAUGUCCUAUGGAUGGUGGCUGCUGCUGCCUGACUCUGUGGUGCUCACACAGGUGUGUGGGGGACUUCUUAUUCUUCUUGCAGACCACGUGCAGCUCCAUCAGCUGCGUUACAGCUGCACUCAGAGAUCUCUGCUGCUUUCUAUGCCAUAAAGGUCCUAAAAAUCAAGACAGCCUUUGGGAUUUCCUUCUCUCCCAGAGCUGAGAUUUUUCGUUCUGUUUGGUUCCUAACCAGUCCUCUUGCACUGCAGGAAUAUUCCCAAGUGUCUCUCUGCUGCCCUGCAGCAAUGGGGCUGUGGAUGCUGCUAUUCAAGUGGCUGAAUAACUUUGGCCACGCUUUGGAUCACCUCUUGGUGUCCCCUGGCCUUGUUCCUUGUGCAGCUUUAGAGCAAGUGUGCAAAUCCUGUCCUUUCAGAAAUUCUUUGGUGAUUGUACCUUUGCAAUCCAGAGAGCUGAUCGAAGUAUGCAUGGCAUGGCUGGUGUUGUAGGGGUGAGAGCUCCAUUUGGGCUUUCUGGGGGCAAUGGGCUGUCAAAGACCUGCAAGAGUAUUGUUUUCUCUGCAGGAGUGCAGUUAAGCAGCUAGAAGUUGGCAGCUGGAUUUGUUCCUCAGAUUAGAAGAGCUGAACCUAAAAUAAACAGGUGUGUUAUAGGUGGUUGGUUGUGGCUGCGGGGGGGGAGCAGGCGGUGUGAUGCACCAUAGCGGCCUAUAGUGUCACAGCUACAAAGCAAGGAGCCACGUCCACCCCCAGCUGCAGGAUUGUCAACUUUAGCAUUUGUUUAAAGUGGCAACCCAGGAACACAUUGCUCUGUAGGAAGCACUUGGCAUUUGAUGCAAUUUGGACAGAGGAAUGUGUCUGCAUGUCCUCUUGGCUCUGCCCCUACAUCCUGUUGGAAGGGGGUGCACGCAGAGUGCUGCUGCUUUAAGCUGGAGCACAGGAUCUGAGAGUGCCAGAGGUAUGAAGGCACUGCGGGGUCCCAGUCAGCAUUGCUUUGGGAAUUUGUCCCUGCAGGCUCAGCUGAGUGUAUACCAGUGUCAGCUUUUUCACCUCUGCGUUUCCCCUGAAGACACCACUGAGGUCAGCUGUUAGAUUCCCCAGACAACUCAGGCCAAAGCCACUUAUGGUUUCUGCUAGUGAUGCACUGCUUGUGGCUAGGUGAGCCUGAACUCUGCUUUACCCAAUGAGCUGACCCUGACCUCUUCACCCAGCAGCAGGGUGUUGCUCCAAAGCCUCAGUGUCUGCAGGGAGCUGACAUGGAGCACUGCAAACCAUUGCUGAAUGACAGUGCCAUGACAGCUGAGGAGCUCUGAGGACAAAAGCAGCCUCUAUGCAGGAUGUGCUCUUCAAGCCUGGAGCAGACUCCUUGCAUGGUGCAUCAAACAAUGCUGGGAGGCACCUCUACAGGAGUCCCUUAUGUUUGCUGGGGAAGAAGGAAGAUUCUCCCAUCCCAGCCUGCUCCUGAUGGGAUGGCUGGGGCACUCCUGCCCCCUGACCUAGGCCAGGCUCUCUGUUAUAAUCCAAAUGGGUUUUGUAAUUAUACUUGUGAAGGCCAGGCCUCGAGGCAGAGUGUGUGUGUGAAAGUACAGAAAGAAAAGGCAUUUCUGUACACCUCUGUCUCAGCCCACGUGUCUGCAGGAUGAUGAAGUUUGCAGAUAGCGCUCAGUGAUUCAGAGUAGCAGAGAACUGGGGAAGGAUUUGUGAAUAGUGAGUGAUGGAAUGAGCAAUGACUGGCAAAUAGCAGCUGGUAGCAGUAGAUUUGACCUUCCUGACUUCAGCGCAGCGCUGCUCUCUUCAAACCAGCUGCAGCCACUCAGCAGAGAUCUUCGUGUCAUGAUGAAUAUUUGUAUGAAGAAUAUUAGCUUGUUGUUCAGCAGAAGACAGGAAAGCAAAGGGAAAGUUAGAACUCAUUAGGAGAGACUUAGAAAGCAGAAGGCAGCUAUGAAUGCCCUGCAGUAAACACAGAAUUCAGUUGCAUCCUGUGUGAUGCCUGUGCUGAUGAACUGUCCUGGGUGCUCACCUGUUUCUCUUAGUAUCAUUUUUGUGAUAAUCUGUAGGAGAAGGGCAACGUGUAAAGCAGAGAAAUGUUUUUCAGAAGAAACCAUAAAAUAGACUGUGGCCCUCCAACCAGGAGGACUCACUUUGUUUGGUGUCCCCUCAUUCCCAAUCAUUCCAUACUCAUCUUCUCCACACCAGUAAUGGUUUUAUAGCUUCUGUGAUGUCCCUCCCAGCGCCACUCCCCAGUCAAGAAUCACUUCAUCUUGCAGAUCGUCUUCAUCACCUUUUUCUGUCCUGUUUCUAGUUUUACAGGAUGGGGGAAGAAACAGCAGUACUUUAAGCCACAGAUGUGUCGUGUAUUUCUCCAGUGCUAUAAUUAGGACUGGCUGUUCUAUUUUCCACUUAUUCAUCACGGAGCUACAGAAAGAUUUUGACUGAAAGGGACCUUUGGAGGUCACUGUUUAAUCUCCUGCUCCAACCAGGACUGGCUUCAGAGAUAGGGCAGAUUGCUCAGGGCUUUAUCCAGCCAAAUUCUGCAAACCUCACAGCAUGGCAUCUCUCCACAUCCUUGGCUCAGUGCUGCACUGCUCUCAUUUCUUUCCCAGUUUCUCCCAUUUCAGUUGCUUGCUGGUUGACACAAGCACUGACCUGGUCUGUAUACAGAGAUAUAUAGAAAAGGAUAAUAUUGCAUUUGUUGUAACUUUUGCAUGGUAUGGUUCUCUCUCCUAUGAGCACUGCCAGCCUAGGAGAUGGAGGAUGACCACCUCUGCAUGUUAAGAAAGGUGCAAUUGUUGCCCAGCCAACAGCAAAUGUCAACAGAGAAUGAAAGCUGUGGCAAGAGCUGCAGCCCCAGCCCUAUCCCACACAUCCUGAGCAGCGGGACAGGAGAUCUUUGGCUGUAGCAAAGAGUGCUGGAGGGUUUUGUGGCUUCUGUAACAGCCAACUCUUUGGAAAGGGGGGAUUGGGGCUUUGCAGGGAACGAGGCCAGAGUGUUUCUGGACCUCCUUUUUAACUAUUUAGAACAAAAAAACACAUGCCUGCUGCACUGGAGUGUGGGUGCUGGUGUGACCUAUGCAGCACAGAGCAGGGUGAGGAAGAAGAGCUGAUACAUUUUUGUUGCAACACAGUAAGCAUCCCCAUUCCAACCAGGACUUGGGACAAAGUAGGGUGCCUGCCAUAGCUCAUCUUCAUGUCCAUCUGGAUCUGCAGGAGCCAGCCAAGGGUUCAGGAUCAGCACGUAUGUACAUGGAAAAAGGUCUGAAAGCACCAGCUGCUGGCUUGCUGACUCAAUGUUUUCUCUCUCUUUUGGGUCAGCAACUUUGUGUACUCUCUGGAUCAUGGGGAAGGGCAUCACAGUCAAGAAGAGCAGCACAGAGGGGCUGUGCUGUGCACCUCUUCCCCGAGCCAGGCCUGCAGGCUGUGGUCUCCUGCACAUGCUGCUGUAGAGCAUGCAUGGGGAAUGGUUCCACUUUUCUGAAGCUGCUUUCACCAACUGAAGCAUGGAUUUCCAGCAGCUUCCACAUGUGGCUGCAUGACUGGGAAUUAGGGAGAGCAGCUCUUUGCCAAAUCCAAGUGAUAUUCCAGAUCCAACAGACUAAGCCCAUAGCUCUGCAAGCAACUGCUUUUGCAAGCAUCUAAUCCCAACCCGACUCCUAGUUCAGCCUGUGUGCUGAAGGAAGGGAGAGAAGAGGGUAUCUGCACCUCAGGUCUCUGAUCGAACACACUGGGUUACUCUGUGGUCCAUCUCUCAGCAGUAUUUGUAAGAUGAAGGUCCCUUCUGGGGUAUGUAGUAGGUUAUGGCACAUUACAACACUCAUAACUUUCAGAUGCUGGUUUCAGGCUGCCGUUAGGUUGCUUCAUAAUUGCUACACCAAGGUAUGGACCAAAUCCUGCUUUUCCUGUUUCAACUGUAAAUGCAAAAGGCGGUUACAGGGCAUUAUAGCAAACUGAGAACUUUUGGCAAGCCAGCCAAGUCCCAUUGUCAGCUGUGUGUGUGCAGCUCAGAAGCAUUGGGACCUUUCAGUGCGAAGGUGGCCACGUUGCAUCCUGCAGCCUCCGGAUGGAAGAUCAUUUCCUUUCCAGAUUUGCCAGAAAUAUCCCUGAGUUCACAUUUCCAGGGAAUUCUACAAGUUCAGCCUGCUCCAAAAGUCUGUGUCUUAUUCAUGACCUGUGAAGCACAGUGUGGAUGAGACCUCAGUUCAACAGCUUUCUUGUCUUCUCCCAGUCUGUUCUGUGAGCAGUGCCAAGAGCAAGCUGUGUUUGCAAAGGGGACAUGGUUAGGUCAGGGAAGGAGCAGUAGCUUUAAUAAUUAAACACAGCCUUCCUCAGUGUUUCUGAUGAAAAGAAGAGGUUCGUGGUGUCCCUGAAGAAGAGGAGCUCAGCAGUGCCUCACAGAGCUGUUGGUCUGCUGGGGGGGCACAGGGAAAGGUAAGCAGCAUUGCCCUAUUCAGUGAAGUUAAGUUAGAUCCUCAGAAAGGCAUCUCACAGAGAUGAGAUUUGAAGGUGCCUAUUUGCCUCCUUUGAUAGGAAAGCAAAGCAAGCUAAGCCUUGAGGGUUGUGUGCUACACACCCCAGAGCAGAUGAAUGCCACCCCAAGCGUGUGCAUGCAGCAAAUGCUGCACACUGUUCAGUGACUUAAAAGAAACUGCUAAAAACCACAGCUGAAUCCUGCCCAUACACCCUGAGGAGCGUGCCCUUGUGCCAACACAACUGUUGCAUUUGUUAGAGGCACGACUGCCACAAAUGCCUGAUUUCUCCUGCAAAGCCUCUGCAACAAUCCAGGACUGUGAACAACAUCAACUGCACAGUUGAAGUGUUUAAGGCUGCUCCAGAUUGGAGGAUUGUAUUUCCAAAGAGUCUUUAAAAGCUGUCGGUGCUGCAGAGUGUCCCGGCAGAUGGGCUGCAUGAUCUGCUCUAUUCACUUCUGUUUGAAGGACCUGGGGGUGAAUCCAAGGCAAGGAAAGUCAAGCUGCCAGAGUCCCUGCCCCCUGACUCUUUAUAAAUAGCACAUCUCAGGAAAAGGCACUUUCCGUUCUUGUGUCAACACAUUGCAAAGAAUAAAGAACAUUCAGAGCUGGAAAGGCCCUCCUCAUCACUUCAGCAUGUAAACCUCUGCAUCUGCUUCGGUGUGCUCACCUCCCAGAGCCCAGCAGGGUUGCAGGCAGGGGAUACAGCUUCCUAUCCUGCAGUUUUGCAGAGCCAGCAGGCAGAGGGGAGGCUCCUUGCAGCACAAUGCUCCUGCAGCAAUAUGUUCCAUCAGCUCCUUCAUUUCUACACUGCUGAUUGGGGUUAUGUGAGAACUCUGAAGAACUUGAGCACGCUGGAGGAGUGCUGCAGUGCAAGGGAGUGGCCUUGCAUUAAAAGACCUUCCCAUGCUUUCACAGAUCACUGAAACACAGGCUAAAAUACAGAGCAUUGCAGGAAUAAGAAAUAGAAAAGAAAGGUAAAUCCUCUGUCAUAGAGUGACAACAAGACAGCUAGGAGAAAAGGGACGGACCCUGCAGCUCCUGCUCCAGGCACGGCAGCUCAGCCCAGGAGCACCACAUGGGAACUUUAAGGACCCCAUGUAAGCCCAGGCAUCCUGCAAGCUUCUCUGUUAAGGAGACGGUUUCUGAAGACCUGUCCCUUUGUGAAGGGCAGAACUGACACCCGGGGUCACCCAGAACGCCCACGAGGCGCUGCUGCCUCCCGGUGGCCCUGGGCGAGCAGCACAGCCCAGUCCAGCAGCAGCGCUGGGGGAACUGGGAGGCUGGGUGGGCAUCGCGGGUCACCUCCGGGCGGACUGCGCCCGGUGCAAGGCGUGGGUUGAUGUAGCAGUUACCAUUCAUGCCUGCUGUUGAUGAAAGCUCUUUGUACUUACUGAACGAGCUGCCACCAGGAAGCUCCAGCUGCACUCCCUCGCACCAUGGAUCAUCAGUCCAUGUGUGCAGUGCCAUCCCACGACCCAGAGAUUCAUUUGUUUGUCAUUACAAUUUUUAUUGUUUUUUUCUGCUUCCAAAAAAAAAGCCCAGCGCUACUCCUGGGGGCAGAAAAGCACCCAGAGACAAUGCUGAUCCUUUCGGGCAGAAAUGAGGUCUAUCAGGCCAGAAAUGUACACAACAAAGCAUCUUCACAGGGCAGACCGGCUGUCUGUCACUCCGUCAGAGCCGACAUUGGCAAAUCAGAACAAAAUCGGAGCAGCUUAUUCUCCUCAAUGAGAGCGUCGUUGCUCACGGAAGGACGGAGGGAAUGGGGGUUUUUAUAACAACAAAUGCAGCACACUGAAAUGGGAGCUCUUUCAGGAGAGCAGCUGAUCCAGCAGAGCACACUGCACAGCCAAACUAUCGCAGCGUGGUUGCAGAUCUUUGGAGGUCACGAGACAGAGACCUGGGUUCUGACUGUAAGAUGGUCCACCGGGAAGCUCUCUAAGCCCCAAGCUGGAGACAUUCGUUACCAGCAGCGCUGGAUGCAUGGAGGUAAUCCUCCCAUCAUGCAUAGCUGACACAAAAGAGCUUCAGUUUAUACACAUUUCUUGUGUUACAUGUGCUGGAGUUUCUCAGAGUGUGUUACACAACCAUUCAGUGACCAGUUCCAAGCAGGAUUUCCUAUUUCCUUGGUACAAAGGUUCAGCAGAACUUCCUUAUCUCCUCGGUACAGAGACACAGCCCUUCAUUAUCCAAACUGCAGGGCAGGUCUAUCCAUCGAUGAACGCUGGCAAGCUUAACGAUGCAGUUACAACUGGUAUCACUUCCGUAGAAAAUGUAUGUAAUACAGCCUUUCACAGUGUUGGUUCUUUCCUUCAGACUGUAUUUCCACGUCUUGGCAGCAGUUUGCUUAGCUGGUGUAUCUAAAAGACACCACAUCAGUACGGAUUACUGCUAUCCAACACCUGCAUACUUGUUUGUGUCUCUUCAGUUUUUCUUAGGAGUGUAAUUCGGCAGAUUUGGGGAGGGUGAUUUUAUCUUCUACUGCUCUUGGGAGGUACCGUGUUCUAUUGCACAUUAGGCUGCGUCACAAGCAGGUUCAGUGUGGGAGAUGGCCGAGCUGCACUCGGUGUCCCAUCCAGUGCUUUGUGAGGGGCCCCAUUUGUCCACGGUCAUAUCAUAACGUUGAUCCAUUGCAUUGAUCCCUAUACAGUGCUUACGGUACAGCAAUGGACACACUAACAGCUACACACGGACAGCCCAAAUAAAGCACUGAGCUGCACCAAAUCAAAACUGAACAGCUCCAUCAAAGUGCUGAAAGCCGCGAAUUGCAUCGAAUCGCCCCCAAAUACCCUCCAAACCGCCCCCAAAUACCCUCCAAACCACCCCCAACCCGCGGGGCUGUGAGCGCACGGAGGUGGUCGUGAUGCUGCCUCCCCGCAGCCAAUCACAGCACGUGUUCCACCUACUGGCUGCCGGGAAAACCAAUAGCCGCCAAGCUUUCACUCUUAGCGUGCGCAGUGGCCAAUGGGGAGAGCCGAACAGCAGCGAACCCGGCGUGAGGAGCGGGGCCGGGCGGGAAUCGAAACAGAAACUGUCAGAGACGCUGCCGCACCCCAUGGAGCAGCCGCUGCUGCUGGCGGCUCCGGACCGGCCGGGGGGGGGCAUACAGCUCUCCCCCCGGGGUCUGGAGGCUCUGCGGGCCCUGUCCGCUCCCGUGCACGUGGUGGCUGCGCUGGGGCCGCCCGGCGGGGGCUCUGUGUUCCUCAUGAACCAGCUGGCAGGACCGGGCUGCGGCUUCCCCGGCAGCCCCGGGCUGUGGAUGCGGAUACGCCCGCACCCGAAGUGGCCCGACCGUGAUCUGCUACUGCUGCACGCCGGAGGAUUCCUCGGGGGCAAGGAACCGGAGGAUGGCGCCGGGCUGCAGCUCUUCAUGCUGCAGCUGCUGCUGGCCAGCGUGCUGGUGUAUGGCAGUGACGACGGUGGCGGUGACGCACAGGAUCAGCUCGAGCUGUUCACCUACGCCCAGACGGUGCUGCACCAUCUGCGCCUGCUGGACGAGGAGGACGAAGAUGAAGACCCUCUGCUGCGCUUCGUGCUGCCGCCCUUCGUCUGGAGCCUGCGCAGCACAGCCCUGGCACCAGAGAGCGAGGAUGUGCUGGAGGCUGAGGACCACAAGCUGGAGGCAGCACUGGGCAGCCCCUUAGGCCCCAUAGCACGCUUUGUCCUGAUGCUGUUCCCUGAGCAGAAGCUGUUCCGUGUGGCAGACAGCAAUGCUGGGGGCUUAAUCCAGCUCUGCACCUACCUGCUGCGCUGCGAUCCCAAAACGGAGCCUGGAGGGGCAUAUGUGGGCGGUGCCUACCUGGCAGCGCUGGCAGAGCGAGUGGUGGAUGCAAUGCAAGGGGAUGCAGUGCUGCGGAUUGGGCGGCUCUGCCAGGAGGCCAAGGAGAUAGCACAGCAGGAAACUGGUGACAAGUGGCCCGAGGACGCCGACUUUUGGCAAGAUGACACUUUCCUGAAGAACAAGGACACCAGUGACACUAUCCCACAACCUGAUGACAUCCUCCAAGCCACCACCUCCCUAUGGCAUGAUGACACCGAUGGUGAUACCCCCCUACAACCGGAGGAUGUGGCCUGGGUGGAGGCACCAUCCCCCCACCCACUGUCCCCGAUGCCAGCCCCGCUUUGCCUGGUGGACAACAGUGAUGGCAACAAACUGUCAGUCAACCCUGAAGCACUGGCAGUGCUACGUGAUAUCACCCAGCCCGUGGUGGUGGUGGCCAUUGCCGGGCCCUACCGCACCGGCAAGUCCUUCUUAAUGAACCGACUGGCAAAGCAGCGUACUGGUUUCCCACUGGGCCCCACAGUGCGGGCAGAGACCAAGGGCAUCUGGAUGUGGUGCCUGCCACAUCCAAGCCAGGCUGGUGUGGCACUGGUGCUGCUGGACACCGAGGGGCUGGGAGACCCCAACAAGGGCGACAAUAGCAAUGAUGCCUGGAUCUUCACACUGGCGCUGCUGUUCUCCAGCACCCUGGUGUACAACAGCAUGGGCACCAUCGACCAGCAGGGGCUGGAUCAGCUGCGGCUGGUGACAGAGCUGACUAAUCACAUUCGCGUGCGGGUGGACGAUCCAGAUCCAGCAGCUGAGUUCAGCCGCGUCUUCCCCAGCUUUGUCUGGACUGUGCGUGACUUCACACUGCAGCUGCGGGAGGGCAAGCGUCUACUGACUGAGGAUGAGUACCUGGAGGAUGCGCUGCGCUUAAAGCCUGGGAACGGGCGCAUGGUGCAGGAGCGCAAUGAGAUGCGGCGCUGCCUGCGCGCCUUCUUCACACACCGCAAGCUGUUUGUGCUGGAGAGACCGACGGCUGAUGCAAACCUGGCACGACUGGAGGAGGUGCGGGAGGAUGAACUGCAGCCACGCUUCCGGCAACAGGCAGAUGCCUUCUGCCAGCACAUCUGGGAGAAGGCGCCAGUGAAGAUGUUGCCAGGCGGGCGCCAGGUGACGGGCACCAUGCUGGCCUCCCUGGUGGAGAAAUAUGUGGAUACCAUUGUGAAAGGUAAAGUGCCUUGUGUGGAGAGUGCAGUGACAGCACUGGCAAGGACCAGGAACACCGAAGCAGUGGCAGAAGCAGUGGCUGAGUACCGGAAGGGCAUGGAGCAGGACCUGGUGCUGCCCACGGACUCACGUGCUGUGCUGGUGGAUGUACACCGGCGCUGGGAGCGCCGCGCCGUCACCCUCUUCCUGUCCCACGCCUUUGCCGACAACGAGCGCACCUACCAGUGUCAGCUUAUGCGAGAGCUGGAGGCAGCCAAGGAGGAGUUCUGCCGGCGCAACGAGGAGGCAUCAGAGCAACAGUGCCAGAAGGUGCUGCGGGAGCUGUGGCAGAAUGUGGAGCGCCGCCUGCAGUGUGGGGACUACGCAGCACCGGGUGGUGCACAGCUGUUCCAGGAUGAUCUGGGCUACGUGCUGGAAAAGUACAAGUGGUGGCCUGGAAAGGGCGUUAAGGCGGAUGCAGUGCUGGAGGUGUUCCUGCGGGAGCGGGAGCCGCUGGCACAGGCACUGCAUGCGACCGACGCACAACUGGUGAUGAUGGAGCGGCAGCGGGAGGCGGCAGCAGCCAAGGAGGCAGCAGCCAGGGAGGCAGAGGUAGCGUGCCUGAAGGAGCAGCAGCGCAGCCUGGAGGAGCACUGCCGGCAGCUGGAGCAGCGACUGCUGGAGGAGCAGCGCCUGCGGCUGAAGGAGCAGGACCGAAUGCUGGAGCACCGCCUGAAGGAACAUCAGACGCUGAUGGAGGAGGGUUACAAGCAUGAGGCAAAGGCAAUGCGCCUGCAGAUUGAGCGGCUGCGGGAGGAGAAGAAGAGCAUCAAGAAGCAUUCAUGGAUCACAUCAGGUCUGGGCAUGCUGUGCAGCGCAGCUUCACUCUUCCUGCCUGGCGUGGUUGGCAAGGUAGCGAGCUUUGCCAGCAACCUGGUGCAGCGUAUGCUGUAGCCUGGCCGCCUGUCUCUGUGUCCUGGUUUUGGGUUUAGGAGAAAAAUGAUAUUGAUAACGAACUGACAUUCUGGUUGUUGCUGAGCAGUGUUGUACAGAGCCAAGGACAUUUCAAUUUCUCAGCUUCUCCUACUUCCCUGACAGUGAGGAAGGCUGAUGGGGAUGCAGGGAGUUGGGAGGGGACAGAACUGAGAUACCUGACCUGAACCGGCCAAAGGAAUAUUCCAUACCAUAUGAUAUGAGCUCAAUAAUUGCUAGUUAUUAUGGUAUUUUUUUGCACAGAUAUUUCAGUAUUUUCUUGUAACUAUAUAAUUUAGCACUUGCUACUUAUGUGUCUGUCGCAUUGUUUACCAUUAGUAAGAGUUGGAUUGAAGGUGUCAUUUUGCUGUGCUUUGUGAUCUUGUCUUACAAUAUGAUAAAGCUGCUGACUGAGAAACUAA